GUUUCUGGGCGCGGCCUGCUCAGAGUGCCACGUGCAGUUCAUCCCGGCGACGGCGAUAAGCUGCCAGGCAUCGCCCAGGGACCCAGCGUCGGCCCCGGGGCAGCCUCGCCGCUUACGCACGACGAACGGCCCUCAGUGCUCUUCACAGGAAGGAAGGCAAACAUGGCUCCGACCGGGACCAAACGCGUCUUGGUCCUCCUCAUGACGCUGCUGGGAACGGCUCACGCGGCGGCGGGCGACGCCUGCGCCGAGGACGGCUCGUCAGCGGCCUACACGGAGACGAUCUCGACCGCGCAAGGCGUCAAGAAGCGGACGAUCGUCUCCGCGGGCUGCCCCAACCACGAGUCCUACUGCACGGGCAAGCCUGCCAACAAGGAUGUCUGCGACGAGGAGGGCCUGAAGGGUGACGGGACCGAGGCCACGGACCAGGACCUCAACGUCGACGUCCCCGCGAACCCGAAGCUCCUGGACGCCGACGACUGGGCCGCCGUGCUCGCCGACGCGGCCACGGUCCCUGCCGCUACCGCCACCGAGACGGCGUCCACCAGCUCGCUCGACUGCGAGAUGGGCGGCAUCGCCUACGCGCUCAACGGCGUGGUCUUCUACUCCGGCGCCGUGGGCAACAGUCAGGCAGACCCGCCGUGCCCACAGCUCGCCAUCGACGACCCCACGGCCGAGUGGAUCUCGUUCGAUUGUUGUAGCGGGCACAGCUCGGGCACCGGCGGCUACCACUACCACUUCCCCCCGUCGUGCCUGAUUGCCCAAGCCAACAAGGAAGCGCCCAUAGCGGGCGGCCACAGCGCGCAGAUCGGCUGGGCGCAGGACGGCUUCCCGAUUUACGGCCCGCUUGGACCCGGCGGCGUCGAAAUUCGCAACUGCGGCGCCUCGGGCGCGCAUGCGACCUACUGCCAGGACAAGUGCGGCGGCUACGAGGGCGAGCUCCCGGACGUCGACAACUACAAGUAUCGCUACUACAUCACCGGCAAAGUCAACGACCUGAACUCGCUGCCGUCCUACCCCAAGCCCGACAAUGUGGAUCUCUACUUCCCGUUCACGAUCCGCUGCCACCGCGGCGUCAUCAUAAAGACGCUGGGCACCUUCAAGGACUACGUUGGCUCCGACGGCUUCACGAGCGCCCAUGAUGCCACGGCGCUUGCCGGCUACUCGGAUCCCGUCGCGGUCCAGUGCCUCGACAACAAAGGGUACACCGACUACGGCUUCACGGAAGCCGUCAUCACGCCCGUCGAUACUGCCGGGGAUGGGGCAGUGACCACGGAAUCCGACGCGGCGGCGACACGCGCGCCGCGCCAAUUCGCGGUCGCCGGCGCCGCGGCGCUCGUGGCGGCCAUCGCCUGAGAAUUCCCCUCCUCUCCCGAAAUCGCAUCGCGAGUCGUAAACCAAUUCCAUUC